UCUAAUAAUGGUGACAAUGAUACGGUAUGAUUCCAGUCUUUUUUUGAAAAUGUUCCGCCUUGCAGUGAUUUGUGCUUUGACUGCCCAAGUUUUCGGUGGACCGGUAUCUGGUGGAUUGGCUCCCCAGCUAAGGAACAGAAUAGUAGGCGGGAAAGAUGCCAAGAUUGACCAGUUCCCAUUUCAAGUCUCUCUGCGAUACUAUGGGAGUCAUCGUUGCGGUGGAUCCAUCUAUAAACCGAAUAUUGUGAUAACUGCAGCCCACUGCGUUGAAGGGAUAUCCACUAGCCAGUUGGAAGUUGUCGCAGGAACAACGUUUUGGAACGAAGGCGGUGAACAACGUGGGGUCCACAGAGCUCUUCAAAACAAAGGAUUUUCACCGUUUACCAACGAUUAUGACGUGGCCAUCCUAAUUUUGGAUAAACCUUUUGAGAGGAGUACUUCGGUGCAGCAAAUUGACUUGGCGACGAGUAACACCAUCGUUGAUGAUGGGAGUGCAGCUACCAUUAGCGGCUGGGGUGCGGAAAAUGAAGCAGAAUCCUCUUCGGACGGUCUGAAGUAUGUGGAAGUGAACAUAAUCAACCAAGCAGAGUGUAAAAGUGCAUAUGGUGAUAUGAUCACAGAUAAUAUGAUUUGUGCGGGGUCUGAUGGGAAGGAUGCCUGCUUUGGGGAUUCGGGCGGUCCCAUGGUUGUUGGAGGUAUACAAGUUGGAAUUAUCUCGUGGGGAUAUGGAUGCGCGGUGCCCGGAUAUCCUGGCGUGUAUUCUCGCAUUUCAGCCCUUCGUGAGUGGAUUGAUGAACAGUUGUUUAUAUUUGGAGAUCUAAUGAAAUAAAAUUUUUGAUUUGAUUUGA